AUGGAGGUCGUCGUACCUAUUGUUGAUGACGGGAAGGCUCGCAGCGAUAUCUUGCUUUUUAACCGCCGGACCUACAAUGACAUUCAGGUUCCUGAUCUUUAUGUACUGCUACUACAUCAAAGCACCCAAUCUACAUGCCUCAUACAACUGGAAGAUUAUGGAUUUGGAGUAGUCAAUUCAAAGGUGAAGAUAAUCCAUGUGACUGGAAUGAAUCAAUCUCAGUUAUCUUUCAAGAAUUGCAGAAAAGAAAAUAGUACUUGUUUGGUGGCACUGGGAACAAAUGAUGGUAAAGUCUUCACCAUUAGUGCCACUUCUACAGAGUUAAAAUGGAAAUCUUCUGGACAUUAUCAUAGAAUUGCUGCUCUUUCUUUUGCAAACAAAGGGUGUAAACUUUGUGCUAUAAGUACAGAUGGAACAAUAUGUGAAAUGAACUGUUGGAGGCAAUGGGUGGCUCUACCGAACCUGAUGUUGUCAUUGCUACAAAAAGAAUGCUGCCCUUUUGACUGCCCGAGACCCCUCUGCUAUUCCUUCUAUUUGUCAUGUUUCUGUUGCCCUUCAAUAUCCUGCAGGUACACCGGAUGGUCAAACAUGAUUGUACACGCUGGCUCAAGUUCACCACCGAGGUUCUUAUGUGGUGCAAAUAUAGGAGACGAGGAAAAGGAAAGAAUUGGGUCCAUAAAGAUAGUGAGCCGGUGGACAGUUGCACGAGGUCUGACUCCAACACCAUCGAUGAGAGCCUGGAAUUAG